UAAGGCCGUGUACUUGCCGAAAAGAUGGAUCUGACCGUCGGGCUGCGCUGUGAGAUCAGCGGCAAGCGCCGCGGCGAAGUCGCGUACAUCGGUCCUGUCCAAGGCAUUCCUGCAGGUGAAUGGGCUGGCAUCCGGUUGGACUUGCCUUUCGGCAAGAACGACGGGACCCAGGGUUCCCAGCGGUACUUUGACUGCCAGCCCUUGCACGGGGUGUUUGUACGGCCAGACAGUGUGAACGUGUCGGGGGACUUUCCUCCGUUUUUGGUCGUCCAAGACGACGCGUCGCUGGAGGAGAAAGUUCGUCUUGUGGAGGACGCAAGAGCAGCGCAGCGGCAACAGACGAGUCAACGGCAAAAAGCGCAGGCGUCGGCGACAUCGUUCACGUCUCGCGCCGAAGCAGUCGACGCGUUCUGGUCUGAGUUCAACGACAAGGAGGCCAACGUGCGGCGUACCCUCGAAUCCAUCGAAGCCGCGUCCCCCGAUGUGGGCCAUUCGCUCGAUUCGUUGUGCACGGACGUGCAUGGUCUGCGCGACUUGGCGGCCGCCGCCACCAUCUUCCUUCCGCCGUAUGACAUCCGCGCGACACAGGCAGUGACCCAUCGUCUCCUGCAAGCCAUCGACGCCAAACGAACGGCGCUCGCUCCACGUAAGAAGUUCACGUUCAAAGCCCGCGCUAAGCUCAAGACCGCCGGAGGCACGCCGCUCCCGCCACCGCCGCCGCCCCUUCCCGCGUUCACACCUUCGUUGGCCGCCCACGACCACGAAUUAGUGUACGCCGACCAAUCCAACACGGUCUUGCACAUCACGGCGGCCGACAUGCCGGACUUGAACUUCGCGCGCCUCUCGCAUUGUAUCAUAGUGAUUCCGGUCAUGACGUCAGCUAUCCGGGGCACGGAGCUGUCCCACUGCACCAUCUACACGGGUCCGAUCCAGGGCUCGCUGUGGCUCGAGAACUGCUCCAACUGCACGUUUGUGGUGGCAUGUCGGCAGCUGCGGGUGCACCAUACUUCGGCGUCGGCGUUCUAUUUGCGCAUCAAGAGCCACCCGAUCGUCGAGGACUGCGAUGGCUUGGGCUUUGCGCCCUACGGACUCGCGUACGAAGGACUCGGCGCCCAGCUGGAUGCAGCCGGAUUGGCCUGUGACACGGUGCUGUGGAGCCAAGUGCACGACUUCAAAUGGCUGCGCCAGACGCAGUCGCCGCAUUGGCGCGUGCUGUCGGACAGAGAGCGUGUGCACGCGGUGGACCCUACCGUCCAGGAGCUCGUGUCCAUUGUCGAAUGCCAGUAGAAGAUACUCAAUGACUAACAUAUACCAGCCUAGUAAGUCUUUGUGGUCAGGUUAGAUAUUAGCAGCACAGUACACGACGAACGUGAGCGUAGCCA